UCAUCGCGGAGCGACGCCGGGGACGUUGCUGGCGGCCGCGGCUCGGCCCGGUGUCAUGGCGGCGGCCCCCAGCCCUCUCCAGCCCGGCGGCCACGCUCUGGAGAUCGGCGCCGAGCCUGCGGCCUCGGAGGUGGCGAGCAGCGCCCUGCGCUGCCUGGCCGGGCUGGCGGGGCAGCUUAACCUUGGAGACGAUAUCGUGAAAGUUGUAAUCGAUUGGAGCAAACUUCAAAGCACAUCAGCACUUCAGCCAGCGUUGCUCUUUAGUGCACUUCAACAGCAUAUUUUAUGUUUGCAGCCUCUUUUAGAAAAACUCCAGUCAUUGAUUAAAGAAGAAAAUAUAGGCCAUAUUGAACCUGCAGGUAAAACAGAAGGCCAAACUUGUGAAACAAGUUUAGAUGCUUAUGAUGGUAACUGUCAGAUUGAAGAAAAGUAUGCAAGUUAUGACUUGAGAGAUCAGAAGGAUGCUCAUGUUCAUUUUGAUCCAGAGGUGGUCCAAAUAAAAGCUGGAAAAGCAGAAAUUGACAGGCGGAUAUCAGCCUUCAUCGAGAGGAAACAAGCUGAGAUCAAUGAAAAUAAUGUCAGGGAAUUUUGCAAUGUUAUUGAUUGUAAUCAAGAAAAUAGCUGUGCCAGAACAGAUGCAAUUUUUACACCAUAUCCUGGAUUUAAAAGCCAUAUAAAGGUUUCCAGGGUAGUAAAUACGUAUGGACCUCAGACUAGAUCUGAAGGAGCGCAUGGGUCCAGUCUCAAAGCCAGUGUACCCAUUCAUGAUUGUGGAAACCAAGCUGUUGAGGAGAGAUUGCAAAACAUUGAAGCACACUUACGGUUACAAACAGGUGGUCCUGUACCAAGAGACAUUUAUCAGAGAAUUAAGAAGCUUGAAGAUAAAAUCCUUGAGCUGGAAGGACUGUCUCCUGAAUAUUUUCAUUCUGUAAGCUGUUCUGGCAAGAGGAGAAAGGUUCAACCUCCCCACCAGAACUAUUCAUUGGCUGAACUUGAUGAAAAGAUCAAUGCUAUAAAACAGGCAUUACUGAGGAAAACGAAAGAAAGCAAGUCCAAAGAGGCUGAGCGGCUUCUUCGAUAAAAAAAAAAAAUGUCUUCAGAAUCCUCAUCAUGCUUUACACAUACCUGAGUAGCAUUCAUCAGGAAUGACUCUAGCAAUGAAAGCAAAGCACGCAUGUAAGCUCCUUUUCGAUGAUCUUGAAAGCUUCCUUUCAGCACUCAUUUAAAACCAGUCUUAUUAAUGAAAUAAUUACUUUAAAAUGAAGAAUGUUUUAGGAAUAGCAUUCUAAUAAUCCAUUCCCUUCUGUUAUAAAGGAGGAUUGCUGCAUUGUUCGUAUGUGGAAUGUUUUAACCCACAUACAAAAACUACAUUUCACAUGUAAUUCCUGAUGACUGAGUAUUCAAAAGAUCUCUCUUUUGAACACAUUUCAUGUAAGUAGUUUGCAUAGAGUUGUGAAAUAAAAGUAAAUAACUUCUUCAUAAGUAAACUGUCUUAGGAAAGAAAAAAAAUCACAAAAAACUUGCAAUAUGUGUGCUUACCUGUGGCUUUUUCAUAUUUGUCACUGUUUUCACAGCUGUUAGAAAUGCAGCAAAUUGUAUUUCUAAAAGAUGGUUAGGGAGAUCCUAUGUGUGGAGACACAUGUUCUUCACUUCCUCAAUGUCCUAUAGGAAUUCAAACUUCAUACUCUGCUAACAAACUUUGUAUAUUUUAAACACCCCUGCAGGGGAGGUUUUGAGGAGCAUACCAGCAUGCACCAGCUUCCCUUCCCUUCCUUCCAUAUGCAUGCUUACAUGACUUCUGACGCGCGGAUGCUGGGUACAUAGCUUAAAUUAAAGUCAGAUCUUUGGCCACACACUGAAGUGUGAUUUUGUUUCGUUUGUUUUUUUUAAAUAAACCAUUUUCUAUUGAUACCA